GUCGGCUGGGGACCCAGCCUGUUGCCUAAUAAUAUAAUAUAUCUAAAAUACCGCAAGUGGUCAGUGAAAUAUGAGCAUCUGCAGUCUGGUGCGGAGAUAAGAUAAAACCGAAACACGUGACACUUUCUGUUCCCCUCCUUGUAUUAUAAAAAGGAGCAGGAACUCUUGGAAUACCACAUCCAUUGUGAUGUUUUGUUGUCAUCUCCCAAGCAUCUUAAUUCAUUUCAAGCCCUAGGACCUCAUGUCUACUGUGAUUGUGUUUGGACCAACAGGCAGUGUCGCCUCUGUGGCGGCAGCCACUGCCCAGAAGCAUGGCGCAACGGUUGUUCUGGCCAUGCGUAAUCCACAAAAGCCCAUUCCUGGUCUGACUCCGGAGCGUGAGCAAGAGCUCGGUUUUAAAAGGGUCAAAGCCGAUUUGACCGACCCCGACAGUGUCGCAGCGGCUGUCGCGGGCUCGGGGGCGAAGCGGGCAUUCAUCUAUCUUGCCGUGGGCUCUCCAGACCAUAUGCGGUCCACCCUCACAGCCCUUAAAUCUGCAGGUAUUGAAUUUGUGGUCUUCCUGAGUAGUUACACUAUCGGGGGAGAGCUGCGCGACGUUCCACCCACUGAACUGAUCGCUUACUCCCAUGCACAAGUGGAGAUCAGCCUCGAUGAGGUCUUUGGAGAGGAAAAUUACGUGGCUUUGCGACCUGGCACGUUUGCCACGAAUAUAUUGCGAUUCAAAGAUGGUAUUAAUGCUGGUGAGGUGAAGAUUUUUGGCUCUCAUUUCCAAUUGGAUGGUAUCACACCUGGAGACAUGGGCGAAGUCGGUGGUACUAUUCUGGUGCAAGGACCCAAAAACGGGCAACGUAAGGUGUAUCUGUACGGUCCGCAAGUCGUAACCCAGGGAGAUGCUAUUCAGACAGCCGGAAAGAUCUUGGGUAAGGACGUUAAGAUUACGGGCCUUUCCAAACAAGAGGGUUUGGACCAGUUUCUACAGAAUGGUAUUCCCAAACCUUACGCAGAUUAUAUGAUUCGAGUACUUGCUGCUCCUGAUGAGCAUCAAAUCGUACGUUCAAACUAUGAAAUUGGUGUUGAAAACGUCCAGUUGUACACAGGGAAGCCGAGCAUGAGGUUCGAAGAGUGGGUGGGAUUAAACAAGGAACUUUUCAGUUCUUAAGAUCUUGGCCGUUCGCUUUUCAAAAGUUGUGCAAUGAACCAGCCAUUUAAUCUAGAGCUGCACCGAAAAGGAGGAUAGCUUUUUUGACGAAAGGCAACGGGAUAACUCGAUUAUACUUGCAAUAUAUGCAUUUUAAUCUUUAUUCU